GUUCGCUUUCCUUCUGCGUCGACGACUGAUAGCUCAACGCCAAGCGGGAGAAUAACACGCGUCACCAGGGCAACACACGCAACAGCAGUGCGUCUCAGCAUCGAUAGCAACAAAAGUCAUAGCAUACUACGCGUACUAAGAGUACAAGGAAUACCCCCAGGCACGCUCAAUUGUUAGCAACAGUUUAACCAGAAGCGCAACAAGUUCAGCACAACAAAAACAGCAAACAAAACAAUAGCAGUAAACAACUCAUGCAUGUUGAUAUGUAGCACACAAAAUAGUUCAGUUAUAGCGCACCGACAGCAUCGUGUAAGCGGAGGAAACAGAUGAAAUAGCACCAUUACUGGCAUAGAUAGCCUCAGAUCACAGACAGCUCACCAAAUGAAACAGUCUACAAACCCUCUACAUACUAGCUUGUAACAUCGAUCGAACCCAGAUAGAGAGCAAUAACAGCACAGACAGAUAAGCAUAGCCCAAACAAAUGAAUUUUGUCAUCCAGAUUGCAUGCUUUCAGGAGACCUUUCCUGGAUCUUCCUAUUAAGAGGGUAUUCGUUUUCGUUUUCCCUACCGCCACGAGAUUUGUUUCAUCCCUAUUGACACCCCCAAACUACGACUUUCGACCACACAAAUACACAACUGCAACCACUACAAACAAACAUACAAACCACGCUGCCAUAUGCUCGGUUUCUUCGGUAGUUUGGACGGAUAGUGCCUUUAGCUUCGAUUAGUUCACCUUUUCAAACACACACAAGUGCACAGUAAACCUCAAAUUUGAUUUAAGCUUGUACCUUUGCUGACGAAGGAAGCUGUCUCACACACAGGGGUCGCCUCUCCCGAAUGGGUCCCUGGUCCCAUUAAGCUAGUGCCAUAGUUGUUAAAACAUUUGCGGUUGUGAAUGCGGACCGGGACACUCAAGCAUACGCCUCGUACAUCCGCCUGCAGGAAGUGAAUGUUCUUCCUACGUUCUGUUUCAAACAUGGUCCCUUGGUUUUUGAAAGCUGCAACACACUCGCACAUCACAUAAAUCCCUUUUUGGACGGAACGAUUAAUGUUUGAUCGUUUCUAAAAUGAACUGAAAUGCUCAACUGCAACAAUCAGCUGGACGAAUGAUAUGCUUGUCCUUCCAAUCACAUUGCUUCUGUUGCAUUGUACUAAUAAGUUCAACAUGCACUCAUCAAAGCUACACAUACACUCACCAAGCUAACUACAAACCAUUCAAUGUCAUAGGCUGUAUACGCAGCCUGCUUGAGAUGCCAUUCCCGACUAAAACAGCGUAUGUGUGUGUGCGGCAGAGCGUGACGAGAGACGUACUGUGCGGUAGUUUUUGUACUAAAAAAAAGGGAAGUAAGAAAAUCUAUUACCAAAAAAAAAACAAACAACUCUAUGUGCGAAACACAAUGUUCUUUCAUAAGCUAUAUCCAAAAACCAAUUCAAAAAAACACGUGUACACACUAAGGGUACACGCACACACACAAACACACGGUAAUCAUAAGGCAGGAAUUGGGGAAGAAUUAAUGCAACACGAAAGGCCACACAACUAACACAUUGCAAACAAUCGUAUAAGCUAUUCCCGUGCAGGAAGAUAAAUAGUUCACCAGUUUUUCUUAAACGUAUAAACGCACUAGGCAUUUAAAACAAAACAAACAGAGAAAGAACGAAUAAGUGCUAACGAUGUUCGACGGAAGGAAGGGGAGGAGGAUAAAAAAAACUGUAGACGAGUAGGACGAGGGGCGGCUCUUUAGCGUAGUGGGAAAGAUACAAACUCUUUAAAAAAAAUUACAGGGUCAUAGCUAUUGUUGUCACGAAUGCACAACGCAAAGAGAGAAAACUUAAGUGAAAAACCAAACAAAAAAACACACACACACACAAACACGAGAUUCUAUCAACACAGCUAAGAGAAUAUAAAUGAUUGCAAAAGAUCGUGUAACAUAUAAGAAACCAAAUGAAUUACAAAUUCUAUCAAUAAGAACACAAAACACACACACACACACAAUGAAAUACACUAGACAAGCAGAACAGACAAACAAACAAACAAGCAAACACAGUGCGCAUAAACUUUAGUACGAUAAGCAAAAGACAUGUCAAACAAAUCGAACGAAGAUUAUUUUAGAUGUUAUAAAUGGUAGUGCUACUUUACUGUGCUAUGUGAGAAUGCGUGUUAGAACAAAAGGGGCAGAAUUCGGGGACGUGCAGAGAGAAGAGUAACGCGAACGAGAGCGUAGUAGAAACAUAAGAAGAAAAGAAAACGAACGCGAAAACAAAAGCGAAUGAAGAAAGAAUCGUAUCGAAGACAAAAGGAACAGAAAACGGAAACAGCAGCUAGCGAACAAAAAAAGGGUGUUAAAAACAUUAACGAAUCAAAGGGAGAAACAAAACUGAAGCAAACAACAACAAACAAACAAAAAAAAACAACUGUUCUCUGUAGUGUAAUGUGUUUUGUUUUUGGGUUUUUUUUUCUAAGUAAGUACGCGGGGAUCGGGAGGAGAAAAUUAAACACUUUACGAUAAAAUAACGCUAGCCGAACCAUCCAGCCGUUUCGAUGAGCUGCGUUAUGUGGUUUGCACGUGUUUUUAUAUGAAAUUUUAACGUAUUUUCUAGAUCAGAAAAGCUCUAGUGAUCAGAAACCUGGGAGAAGAAACCAGCGUUAGCAGUGUGGCCCAGAGGGGAAGGGGGAGAUGAAGGGGAGGCCGAGUAGUGCGAGCUAAAGGGAGAACAACAAAACCUGCAACAAACAACAAUACCGAGUGUGAAAAAAAAACAAAAAAAAAAAACAACUAUACUUAAACCUACUUCACGCGCCACUGACUUUCUUUUUAACGACUUUUUCAACCAAAAUCCACCUAUUUGGGUUCACACACGAGUGAAGAGUGAAACUGCAAAACUGCAACGUACCGUAGGAGGAGAAGGAGCUUCGGUACACCGCUCCCCCCGGGGACACCGAAAACACGGUUUUUUGUUUUCGGCCCUACAAACGGGGCAAACAUCUUCUACCGCGAUUUAGGCGAUGCUUAAGGGAUAAGGCAACACACACACACACACACAUGUAUGUAGUAUAAGUUUAAUCCAUACACUCACAUAAAACACACAAAUUUAUCAUAAAAUGAUGCGAAAUUCGGCCAGCGAUGGGAAGCGAACCGAAUCCGCCCAUUCUUUCAAAACCGACAGACACAGUUCGAACUUCCGGGUUGUGGAGAUAUUCGCUAGGUGCCGAGCUGCCGAGGGGCGACCGUUGUAGGGUUUCGCUCUUCGCGCGCACCGGACUGAAAUAUUUCCAUUUCAUAAUGAAAGAUUUCAUGCAUGCUGCACGUGCGCGCGCGUCCGUUGCAGCCGUUUUUUUUGCUUCUUGCUUCUGGUGGUUGUGGUCUUGUUUCCUCCCCUAUCUCACACAAAUAGACAAACUUUUCUCGUUUGCCGGCGGAUCAUCAUCGGAGCAUUUUGUAGAAGCCGGCUGGCAGUGUUGUUCGCUGCUUGUGCGAGCUCGCCUGCAUGACUCAUAUGAUGGGUAUGAUUUCGUAUAUUAACUGUUACGAAGCCAAUAAUUGUUAGCUACCUAAACACUCUUCACGCAACCCAGUGGCAUCGGCCCACAGAAUAGGCGAAAAAAGUCUAGGAAACGGAAGCAACAGCAACAGAAAAAUAAAACAAACACACUCAACACUGAUUUAUCGCUAAUCGAGUUAUUAACACAAUCAAAGAGCAAAUCUUAUCUACGUAAAUAUGGCAAAAAGGUGUCAAAACAAUCUGUCUAUAAGCAUACAACUGUAGAUUUUUUUC